AUGUUGAGUAAUGAAACAGCAAAUGUACCUGACAAAACUGCAGUGACUAUUUCAUAUUUAAUAUGUUUUUUCGGCAGCUCUUUAUCAGUUCUCAUAAUGUGUGGAAACCUUCUCGUAAUAAUCUCCAUCGUUUACUUCAAACAGCUCCACACUCCUACAAACUACCUGAUCCUCUCUCUGGCUGUGGCUGACCUGUUAGUAGGGGUUUUAGUUUUGCCUUUUAGCAUAAUACUCAUUGUGAGCUCAUACUGGUAUCUUCAAGGUUUGCUCUACAGAUAUUAUGCAGUGUGUCAGCCUCUGAGGUACAGAAUAAAAAUAAAUGUCCGUGUUGUUGGGAUCAUGAUCCUGGUGACCUGGACUGUUUCUGCUCUAUUUGGAAUUGUUAUCACAUUUCGAGAACCAUCCCAAGGACAACAUUACAGUAGGUGUAAUAUAUUUCAAAAGAAUGUAAAGAGUGCAUCAAUUAUGGGAGCUGUAUUUACAUUUUUCAUCCCAUCCAUCAUAAUGGUUGGCAUCUACUUGAAGAUUUUGAUGGUUGCACAGAGACAGGCACGCAGCAUCCUGAACAUGACAAAGUCUGGGGCAACUGUCAGUAAGAUGGAGAGAAAGGCUACUAAAACUCUGGCUAUUGUGAUGGGGGUUUUUCUGCUGUGUUGGACUCCUUUCUUUUUGUGUAUCAUCUUUCAACCAUUGAGCAAUAACACAAUACCUUCUCAUGUAAUUCAAACAUUUAAGUGGCUUGGAUGGUCUAAUUCAAUGCUCAAUCCAUGUGUCUAUGCUUUCUUCUACAGCUGGUUUCGAUCAGCUUUUAGAAUGAUCAUUACUGGGAAAAUAUUUCAAGGUGAUUUUUCUGACACUAAGCUCUUCUGA